UUGGGGAGAUGAGUCGCGGUCCUAUUUACUCCGUGAGGAUCAAGACUUAUCCGACGUCGAACUGACGAUUCAUGAAGUAUCUUGAUUUACGUACUCCGUAAUUUGUUGGUUGGCUGUGCUCCUGGCGGAGAAAAGGUCCGCGAAAUGUCUCUGGAUCGUGUCUUGAUGCACGGCAUUCUCUGCCUAGUCGUUCAUUGUCCACCUUUCACAAUCCACCGAGAAAAAACAGCGAUAGAUGCCAAUACACCAAAUGAGCCGCAUGAAGAAAAAAAACCCACGAGAGAAGAAAAAGGGCAUGAUCGACAACAAGACAAUCCAGAGUUUGACUGCUGCUGCAGUGUAGUGCUGCCCCACAUACGCUUACUGGCCGCAAUUUUCCCUUUCCCUGACCUCUCUUCCUGCAAAACCCCCCAGUCGCGAACACCCCCCAGCAAAGAGCACACCCGCAAGCCACUUUUUGACAUUUUUCGCUCCAACCACAUCGUCUCACGAGUAACAACGGUGCCCUGUCCCUGUCGACGUUUUCUGUCGUGAGCAAGCAUGUUCGCAAAAAGAAAAAGCAAAGAAGACAGACACAGACGAGUAGCCUCACGAGAAGCUGUCCUAUCCUUGCAUCUCCUCACACGCACUGCACAGCACACUCAAUAAUACUCCGAACACACUCGUCAGCAUGUCGGCAGCCCGCCGCCGCCGUUGAACGGUCUGAGCGACCUGCCAACACGCAAUCAUCGUCACCGUGACCGUAAAC